GGAGAUAAGAGCUUAAUCUACACACAGCUAUAAUCUGGGUCAGUCUUCAAGAAGAGUGCAAAGAUUUGUAUGAGACCUUAACAUGAACAGGAAAGGGUUUUUUGAACGUUUAAAUUCCGGAGAUGCAAUCUUGGUGGCGGAGGGAUACAUGUGGGAGUUUGACAGGCGUGGGUAUCUCCAACGAGGAAGUAAUGCACCGGAAGUAGUUUUAGAACAUCCGGAUCUAGUCAAAGCCAUGCAUCGUGAGUUUGUUCACGCGGGGAGUGACGUUGUAUUGGCUUUCACCUACUGCGCUCAUCGGGAAAAACUGAAAUCCAUCAACAAAGAGGACAAAGUGGAGAAGUUAAACCGCCAGGCUCUGCAGAUCGCCAAAGAAGUAGCAGAGGAAACCGGAGCCUUGCUGGCUGGAGGGAUUUGCCAUACCCGGGUGUACGACCCACAGGAUCCUGUUGCAGUGGAAAAAUGCCACAAUAUGUUUAAGGAAAUGAUCGAGUGGGCCGUCGAUGCAGGGGUUGACUAUAUCACUGGGGAGACUUUUGACAUCCUUGACGAGGCGUUGCUGGCGUUAGAGUGUAUUCAAAAGUACGGGAAAGGUGUACCAGCUGUCAUUACUUUUGCACCGUAUUGUCCUGAUGAGACGAUAGAUGGCGUUCCGAUACCGGAAGCUUGUCGACGUCUAGAGGAAGCAGGUGCAGCAGUGGUUGGGAUCAACUGCGCAAGAGGUCCUCGGACCAUGAUUCCACUGCUUCGGGAAAUCCGGAAAUCUUGCAGGGGCCCAAUUGCUGCUCUUCCGGUGCCAUUUAGGUGUAAAGAUGAUUGCAAAACUUUUUAUUCCCUAAAAGACGAAGAAACAGGUGAUUUUCUAUAUCCAAGAAACUUGGAAAGCAACAGAUGCAAUGCCAAGGACAUCAUCGAAUUCGCGAAACAGACCAAGGAAAUAGGGGUCCAAUAUGUGGGGCUGUGCUGUGGAAACACUGCCGGUUAUAUGAGGGAUCUGGCGGAGACCUUGGGGAGGAAGCCCCCGGCUAGCCGCUAUUCUAUGGACAUGUCAAGGUCCUCUAUACAAGGAAAUGAGGCCGAUGCAGUUAAUCCACUGGCCAGGAAAACGCGUCUGUUUAUGUUUGGUGGAAGUGACUACAGGGCGAAGUAGACGUCAAGGCGCACACGGCACAGUGCAAUGCGAUGUGGCUAUACCAGCACAACAUUUUUAAUACCAAAGUUUCAGACAUAUAUAAACCAUUGCAUGACAUGCCGAUACAUCAAACAGACUGUGUGAAUGGGAUUAGUGUCAUAAGAUUAAUUUUUAUUAUCAAUAUAAUCCGUCUAUGGCAUGUGUGGAUUGUUUCAUACCUUAUUAUACCUUAUUAUAUGAAUAAAGGAUUUUUUCGAAGGAAAAUAAAUUCGUAUCAAUUUUAA